GCUCUUGGGGUCUUGAUCGCGCGUAGGUGGAAAGAUCGCAGGGAUCAAUGGAUCCGAAAGCGAGCAGGCCAGCGGGGUAGCGAGAAGGGCACGGGCCACACGAGCCGAGCGUUGUUCACGCAUUAAAUUUCAGGGCGGCACAGUAGUGAAUGGGAAAGAAAGGGGCAGUCAAUUGACUAGCGACAAAGGGCGAUGAUUCUUCCUCCCAUGUUUACUGGUCUAAAAGCGUAACUGGUGAUGUUCGUGGCGCGACCGGCGCUACGAGGAGCUGUUCUUUUGAUCGCCCAAACAGGGGACCCCAAUUUCCCCAUCAAAUUGGCUGCUCCUGGACGCCAAGAUCGAUUCUUUCCGUCCUGGGGUCGCUUUGAUCGCGGGUUAGUGUCGUAAUCUGGAAGAAUUCGCAGGAAUUGGCCUGGAAUCGAGCAGGAUUGGACGAGGAACCAGCGAAAUGGGGGAUGACAACGAGGAGGACCGCCAAUCCGUGGUAUCUAGAUCUAGUAGCUGUAGGAGCAGCAGCAGUAAACCUCACAAGGCCAACGAUGCGGGAUGGGAGGCGAUCCGGUCGGUGGAAGCGCGCGACGGGAACAUCAAUCUCUCCCACUUCAAGCUCCUCCAGCGAUUGGGCAGCGGCGACAUCGGCAGCGUCUAUCUAUCGGAAUUGCGGGGCUUUCGCUGCCUGUUUGCGAUGAAGGUGAUGGACAAGACCGCUCUGGCAGCCAGGAACAAGCUCCUGAGAGCUGCCACCGAGAGGUCCAUCCUGGAGAAGCUCGAUCAUCCCUUCCUCCCAACGCUCUACGCGCACUUCGACACGGCGAAUUUUUCGUGCCUGAUUAUGGAGUACUGCCCGGGAGGAGAUCUCCACACGCUGCGCCAGCGGCAGCUCACAAAGCGAUUCGACAACGAAGCAGUGAGGUUCUACGCGGCAGAGAUCUUGCUCGCGCUCGAGUACCUCCACAUGAUGGGCGUCGUCUACCGGGAUUUGAAGCCCGAGAAUGUGCUCGUCCGCCACGACGGCCACAUCAUGCUCUCGGACUUCGACCUCUCCCUGAUCUGCGAUGUGAGCCCUACGGUGAUCCAAUCGCCACCUCCAGGAACAGCAGCCAGAAGAAGAGCCCCCUCUUUCUCCUCGUCCUCGUCUUCAACCGGCAAAUUAGGGCGCCUCGGCGGGGGCGCAUCGCCGUCGUGCAUCCUGCCAGCGUGUGUCGCUCCCUGCACGGUGGACCGCCCGAUGCCCCCAGCCGGUCAACUCAGGUCAACACGGGUCAACCCCCUCCCGGAGCUAGUCGCCGAGCCCACGGGCGCGCGCUCCAUGUCGUUCGUGGGCACGCACGAGUACCUGGCGCCCGAGAUAAUCUCCGGCUAUGGCCACGGCAGCGCGGUGGACUGGUGGACGCUGGGCAUUUUCCUCUUCGAGAUGUUCCACGGGAGGACGCCCUUCAAGGGGGGCGACAACGAGAGCACGCUGGUGAAUGUGCUGACCAAGCCGCUCGAAUUCGGGGGAGCCGCCGAGGGCGUGGAGCUCGGCGAGGACGCCAGGAGCUUGAUCCGGGGCCUCCUCGCCAAGGAUCCCGCCAAGCGCAUUGCCUCCGCCAGGGGCGCCGUGGAGAUCAAGCAGCACCCCUUCUUCGCGGGCACGAAUUGGGCGCUGGUUCGCUGCGCCGCCCCGCCCGAGGUCCCCAAGGCGCUCCUCUGGCGGAAGAAGAACACGGGAUCCAAGAGCGACGACGUUGAAUACUUCUAGCCUCUGGUCAAUGGCCACAGCCUCCAGUCAA